GUGGAUUAAAUUUACGACUACCUUUAAUAUCUAACACUAUCUCUAAUGCUGUACGACUUGAUCAUACGAAUUACUCCAAAGUGAGCAGUACUUUGGUGAAGCAAAAUGCAGCACAUCACUCUACCUAUAUUAAAAUUAUGUCUUCUAAUCCAUUUAUCGAAAACUGAAGACUGGACAUUUCCAGAAGAUUUCAAGUUUGGUGUCGCAACUUCGGCCUACCAAAUCGAAGGUGGUGCCAAAGAAGAUGGAAAAACACUCAGUGUUUGGGACAGAAUAACCCGUACUCCGGGUUUCGUAACAGAUGGUAGCACGGGGGACGUUGCGUGUGAUUCUUACCAUAAAUGGGAAGAAGAUGUAAGAAUACUUAAAGAACUGGGAGUUGAUUAUUACCGGUUUUCUAUUUCUUGGACAAGAAUCCUAUCUGGGGGAUACACCAGCACGGUAAAUGAAGCCGGAGUUGCCUAUUACAACAACUUAAUCAAUGCACUCAUCGCCAAUGAUAUAGAACCUGUAGUAACUAUGUACCAUUGGGAUAUGCCGCAGACGAUAAGUACUCUUGGUGGGUUCUCCAACAGUGCUUGGGUGGACUUUUUUACCAACUAUGCAAGAACGCUAUUUGAACAGUUUGGUGACAGAGUUAAACUCUGGAUUACUUUUAACGAACCUAAUAUAAUUUGCCACUACUUUAAUAGUGUACUGGGUAAUAUAACAGAAGCGUAUCCUAACGGAGUUAUUGAAUAUUUGUGCACUUACCAUCUUCUCAAAGCUCACGCUGAAACGUACCAUAUCUACGACAGAGAAUUCAGACAAAGGCAACAAGGUAAGGUUGGCAUAACCUUAAAUUUCGAAUGGUCGGAACCAAUGUCUAAUGACCCCGAAGACGUGGCAGCAGCAGAACGUCGUCGACAAUUUGAUUUUGGAAUUUUUGCUAACCCUAUUAUAAAUUUCGACUAUCCUAAAGUUGUACGAGACCGAGUGGCUGCACGAAGCAGACUAGAAGAUUUUCCACGUUCAAGACUAAAAAGGUUCACUCUUGCGGAAAAACUAUCAAUUCGAGGAACCUAUGAUUUUUUGGGACUCAAUCACUAUACCACGUGGUUAGUAGGGGAGGGAAGUGAAGCUGACCCUACCGAACAUAGUUUUUACAUUGACACAAAAGUAAGAAGAAUGCAAGAUGAUAGUUGGGAAACUACAGCAGCACCAGACAAUAAAGUGGUACCUGAAGGAUUACGGAAAGCUUUGAACUGGAUCAAAACAACAUACGGAAACCCUGACAUUCUUAUCACAGAAUGUGGUUAUUCUGAUACCACCGGUACUCUGGAAGACGAUCGCCGAAUUAACUUUUACAAAGAAUAUCUGAACGCAACUCUGGAAGCAAUCCACCUAGAUGGGGUUAAUGUUAAAGCGUUUAUGGCUUGGAGUCUGAUGGAUAAUUUUGAAUGGAAUCAAGGCUACACGGUAAAAUUUGGGCUGCACUACGUCGAUUUUGAAAAUCCAGAGCGACCUAGAUCCAUAAAACAAUCUGGAGAAUAUUUCAAACGGGUCAUUGCUACGCGAACGUUAGAAUAAGUACAUAACAACAAAAUAAAUAUUAGUGUAGAUUCGAAACUGCAACAAUAUUUCUAUAUCAUUAAAUGUUAUUUACAAGUUA